CCCCCCCUCAGACACAAUGACGUCCUCUAUGCUUCGGCGACAGCUAAAGAACCUGGUCCAGAACUACUCUGAGGCUGAGGUCAAGGUGAGAGAGGCCACGUCUAACGACCCAUGGGGCCCAUCCAGCACUCAGAUGGCCGACCUCUCUGACCUGACCUACAACGUGGUGGCCUGCAACGAAAUCAUGACCAUGCUCUGGAAACGGCUGAAAGACGACAAGAACUGGAGACACAUCCACAAGUCCCUGACACUGCUGGAGUAUCUGUUAAAGACUGGUGACGAUCGUGUGCUUCUGAAAAUGAAAGACAGCAUCUACAUCGUCAAAGCCCUCACAGAAUACCGCUUUGUGGAAAAAGAUGGCAAAGAUCAGGGUGGGACCGUGAGAGAGAAGGCCAAGGUCGUCCUUGUUCUAAUGGAGGACGAUGAGAAGCUAAAGGAGGAAAGAGACUUUGCCGUGAAGACCAGAGAGAAGACAUCAAAAGGCGCUGGAGCCUCGUCCUCGGAUGUCGUGAAGGAUCCUAGCUACACGCCGUGCUAUGUCGCUGGGGCCUCAGGUCUCCCGUCAUUAGACAACAUCCCCUCAGUGGCUGACCUGACCGCUUCCUUCACCGCCCGCAAAGAGGAACGGAUUCGUCAGGAAACGGAGAAGAAAGAAACGGAGAGAAGGGCUAAGCUGAGUGACGAUGAGCUGAAAUGGGAAGACGCAGGCAAAGACACAAACGUCAAAGUUGUUGCUCGGAAAGAAGAGAAGGAAGCAAAGGAAGAGAAAGAGGAGGUGAAGCCAGGUCCGUGGGGAGCGCCCAAAGAACCUAAAGAGGCCACAGAUCCAUGGGGCAAACCCACAACACCGGACACCCCUGAAAAAGCAGCUAGCAGUGAUCCUUGGGGGGGUUCGACUGAAGCUGAUGAUCAAUUUGCAGCACCUAAAACGGAUGAGGAUCCAUUUGCUGCACCAAAGAAUGGAGAAGAUCCUUUUGUAGCUUCGCCAGAUGAACAAUAUCCAUUCAACGCCACAGAAGACGAGAAGGAUCAAUUUGCUGCUAAAAAAGAUAAAGCAGAUCCCUUUAGUUCGUCCAACAAGGAUCCUUUCAACGCCCCAAAAGACGAUCCCUUCAACGCCCCAAAAGACGAUCCCUUCAACGCCCCAAAAGACGAUCCCUUCAACGCCCCAAAAGACGAUCCCUUCAACGCCCCAAAAGACGAUCCCUUCAACGCCCCAAAAGACGAUCCAUUCAACGCCCCAAAGGACGAUCCUUUCAAUUCUCCAAAAGACGAUCCCUUCAACGCCCCAAAGGACGAUCCUUUCAAUUCUCCAAAAGACGAUCCCUUCAACUCUGCAAAAGAUGAUCCCUUCAACUCUCCCAAGGACGAUCCCUUCAACGCCCCAAAAGACGAUCCCUUCAAUUCUCCAAAAGACGAUCCCUUCAAUUCUCCAAAAGACGAUCCCUUCAAUUCUCCAAAAGACGAUCCCUUCAAUUCUCCAAAAGACGAUCCCUUCAACGCCACGAAAGACGAUCCCUUCAACGCCCCAAAAGACGAUCCCUUCAACGCCCCAAAAGACGAUCCCUUCAACGCCCCAAAAGACGAUCCCUUCAAUGCUUCUAAAGACGAUCCCUUCACUGCACCAGCAUCAACACCCCCUAAGGAAGAUCCUUUCUCUGCACCGCCGAAACCCGCUCAAGAAGACCGCUUUGCUGCACCAACAGCUCCGCCCAAAGAGGAUCCUUUCUCUGCACCAUCAAAGCCUCCAGAAGCCGAUCCCUUUGGUUCUCCAGCAACAACAACAACACCACCUCAAGAGGAUUCUUUCUCUGCAUCAUCCCAACCGACUAAAGAUGAUACCUUCUCUGCACCAACAACACCCCCCAAAGAGGACCCAUUCCCAUCUAGUGCACCAAAGAAUGAUGCCUCAGAUCCCUUUGGUUCUCCUGCUGCCACCUCCCCCCAGGAAAGUGCAGCUGCGUGGGGGGGCCUUGCCAGCUCUCCACCGGCCACUGUGUCCGACCCCUGGGAGACACCAUCGACUCCAAAGGAAGCAAACAGUGGAGAUCCUUGGGGAGAUGAUGCAACUGUGACCUCAGCCACUAGUAAUUCUGAUCCAUUCGGGGAUGCAUCCCAACCGGACAAUGACCCAUGGGGAGCCCCAGCUUCAGCUCCAGCCAGCACAGACGAUGCGUGGGGGUCACCUGCCCCCCCCUCGGCCUCCUCACCAGCCAGUGACCCCUUCGGAGAUGGAGCAUCCAAAGCCGAUGACCCCUGGGGUAAAUCAAGCAAUGCAACUAGCAACGCCACAGGAAAGCGAACAAUGCACAAAGAGGAGACGCACAGAAAGACUGCUCAUUUCUUGGGCUCGGCGGGGGCGUCGCUGGUUGACUUGGACGAUCUUUGUUCUUCAAACGCAUCACAACCCCCCCCCACCAACGCGCCCGCCGCCCACACACAAGCCAUCGGCCUGUUCACAGCCCUGUCGUCGGGCCCUGGGCUCCGAUCGGGGGGGGUGUCCCUUCCUGAAACGUCCCCCUUACCUUGGAUUCCUUUUGGUGCCCCCAUGAGAGCUCAGCCCCCCUGUGGUGGAGUGGGAGCGGUGCAGGCUGGACGUCCUGGGGGGAACCCCUGGGCUGCCCCCCCUGUGUUGGCAACAGGAAUGGGUCAGUCCAGUUUCUUUGGAGGGAACCUUCACUCUGGAGGGGGUCUUUCGGGAGGAUCCACUCCACCGCCCGCAGGGGGGGUCACGCUGCUGAGUGAGGCCGGGGGGGAACACAAUAAUCCAUUCCUCUUCUGACAAUGUGAAAUGUGAUUGAUUUUGAAAUGUGGUAAAGCAUCACACGGUGUAGGUUCACAUGUUUCAGCCCUUUAAUCCGCAUCAGCACCAUUUCUAAGCCAUAAGAUCACAGAUUGUGUUAAUGUGUGCGUUACAGUUUGUGUCACGUUACAGUUUGUGUUACAUUCACAGAGGGAAAGUGCUAAUCGAUAAAUGGCAAAUAGAUAUAUUCUUAACAGGCAGUGGUCUGUACCCGCAGCUUAAAGGACCCAAACAUGCAGGAACCACAUGUAGAUGCUUCCAUUUAACCCAUCUGCCCCCCCCCCAGGUCCAGUUAAUGUAACAGCCAUGGGGUUGAUGUAUACAGAGUAAUAUUUAAACUGUGUGUGUAAAGCUGUGUACUUCUUAUUUGAAACAAAUCUAUCGCAUCAGCAAGUUGCUUUCUUUCCAUGCUGAAGUUUUGAAAACGAAGUGCGUGUGUGUGUGUGUGUGUGUGUCUGUGGGACCAGUGAAGAAAUUUGUGCGUGUUUGCUGUAUAUUGUGCUGAUGUAAAUAGUGAAAGAAAUCACAGAUAAACCUUGAAAUAUACUUUAUAUGAGAGUGUUACAAUCACGAGUAACUAUUUAUUGAUCUAUUUAUGGAUUGAUUCAUUGCUUGAUUAUUUAUUUGUGCAGCCAUGGCCUCAAACAACUGGUUCAAUCUGAUUCCAGUGGUCACAUGAUCAGCGGUGACGGUAUCUGGUCACAUUGCAUCACCAAUCAAUUCAGUAACCAGCGGUGGCUUUAACUUCCUGUCCAGGUCGGUUGUUGUUCACUUUGUCGUUCUCUCUGUGUCUCGAGGCAGAAAUGUGUUGUGUGAUGUUCAGCUGCAGCGGUGGCUCAUUAAAAACAGAAUCCUGUCCUGCAUGCUGUCCGAGCAGAUCCUUCUCUGUAUGAAAUAUAACACAACUGCACCUGAAGUCGCUCUGCAGACAUCUGCUUCUCUACGGCUGAAGGAACAUAAACAGUAGCAGGAUUAAUGGUAGUGAUGAGAUCCAGCUUCAGCUUGAACCAUGAAACAGACAUGAGGGCAUUCACUUCUCUUCAAAUGCUUCUCUUCAUGUAUAUUUGAUUCAUUAAUAUGAACUCUGGUGGGAAAAUGGACUAAAAAUAGCUUAAACUAUUAGUUUGUUCUAGUAGAGGAUGAUUCGACUGAAAGAACACUAGACCAUAACACUAUUAUUAUUUCUCAAAUUAAAUUUUGACUGAAAUUUAUUUAUUUUGCUCUGUAUCUAAAGUUGUGUUGUGAACUGUGACAGUAUAAAGAACAUUUGAGAA